CAAUCGAAACUGUAGCUUGGUGGAGAAGCUUUGUAACUGUACCCUCUGAUGACCUACCUAUAUUGCCAUCGAUCCAAGACCAGACGGUGCGUCUGACGAGAGACAAGGGAGGUAGGCCGAGAGCUCAAAGUCGACUGGCUCCGGGGUCGACUAAGCCGGGAGAGUGCAUAUGGUGCCUUUCCUAUGACACAGACAAGGUAACUUUCCUGGCAGAGCAACAUCGAGCGGGCGGUACGUCGCAAGGCCCGUGACAGUGAAGGAAGCACCUAUAUGUCUGGUUGACAGCCAUGAGAGAGAUGAUACCAAUGCAGCACCUUGCAAAAGGUAGCAUGUCAACCGCGAAUUUUGGCAUUGAAAACCGAGAAUUAUGCGCUGGGAUCCUUUCGCCGCGUCCACCGUGUUAUCGACACUGUCUCAACACUCCAAAGAGAUUGAAUCCAUUUUGAUCGUCAUCAACGGCUUUCUGGCGGCGCUCAGAACGAAAAGCCCCUUCGAAUUCGAGAAAUACUGUGUGCGAGCGGGAGGAAUGUCCCUCUGCCCGCCAUCGCCAACUCUCCCUCGCUUUUGUACCAUUGGGGCUUUUGUGGAACAGGUGACCAAAAUCCAGGAUGAGAUCGACGAACGUAUCUGGGAUCCUGAAGUCAAAGUCUAUCCCUCAGGCAGCAUGGCUGCAGUCUGGGCCCCUUUUCGAGCGAAGGUCAAUGGUGUUGUGCAUCAUGUUGGCGUCGAGCUUUUCGUACUUCAUAAAAUCAGCAACACCUGGAAGGUGACUGGAGUGGCUGAUUCUUGUCGAGAACCGACAGAGGAGGAAAAGAUCUGGUUGCCAUGAGUGGGUGUAUUGGGAGGAUUCUAGGAGCUCGAGACGGAAAAGUUCCACGACAUUCCAAUUGAACAGCAUCCGAGGCGGCCCGCUGAAGAGAAUGGCUCGGCAGUGAAGGGGAGGGGUGUUCUCUUGGAUAUUUGCUUGGUUUGAGAGAUCCGCUUUCAGCUCCUCGCCUAUCUGUAUUCAUCGCAUCGAGCGAAAUAUAAUCUAAACCAGAAAAGUCGCAUAAACAAGUAUCUAACAUCUUCUUUCGUAAACAGUCAAAUCAAGGAU